GGAAGCACGGAUGAAUGAGGGAAGUGCUGUUCGUUGCUGACUUCCCAUCCAGGCCUUUCUGAUGGCGCCUUGUGACUUCAGCCCUUCCAUAGUGUAUCCAGUUGUCGUUUCGCCACCCAUCCAGGCCGACUUCGCCGACGAGAGCUUCUAUAACGCACAGGUACAUUCGUGAAGGCAACGAGAGUACAGAAUGGCUUCAAUUAUCAUCUGUUUUGUCUUCUCAUCAGGAGACCCCUCCUCCCAACGUCCGAGCUGGGAGCGUGUUCGGUGCUUCGGAUGUAUCUCACUGGCUUGACUUGGUCAAUGGCUGGUCUGUAGAGGACUGCUUAGGCGAUGACGAGGGAGCCGACACCGAUAAGGAGAAGGUGAGAGGGAGGAAGGAGGAAAGGCUCUAGCGUUGUGCGCACACAGACAUGCCGGCCCCGAUCCCUGUGUGGUUGGUUGGUGUGUGCUCAGUGUGAGUCGGUGAAGCGGUUCAUUUCCUCCGUCGUGUCCGAGCUGACCUCUCUGCCCCUCGUGCGCAUCCGCAGCCUCUACCCAUCGAUGCACUCCCGACUCUGCUCCGCACCCUCCCCGCCAGACCGGCUGAUUCACCUGCACAUUCUGCAUCACGUCAUCGCCCACGCUCACUCCCAGCCCCUCCCCUUCCGCCCCCUGCAGCUGAUGCGUUUGGUCCGGCUCCGCAAGUUCAUUCUCAACACGCGCGACUUCGACCAGCUUGUGAAGGAGUAUGCGGCCCUCGACUCGCCACCAGAGGUGCUGGAGCGGGUGAUAGAGGCGGGCAUACAUCUGAACCACAUAGCGAGGGUGCACGGAAGUGCCAAACGGGCCGCUGAGUGUGUCCAUGAGGGGGACACCGUGUACUUGCUGAGUACGGGGAAGCCGCUGGCUAAUCGGGUGGAGCCGGCUCUGCUGGAGCACAUGGGAAUGAGUGAGGGGACGGCGGACAGGUAUGGGCUGAUGAGGUGGAGAGAGCAAGAGGGGCAGCAGGGCGCCACGGGGAAUGAGACGCCGGAGCGUCCUCCGUACGAUGGCGUGGCUGGGCAGGAGAUAUUCUUCAACACGCACUCAGGUCAGUCAGCUGGGGAGAAAACGACGUGAUGAGAUGAAGCCGUCCGUCCGAUGAUCGCUGGUUUCUGUUUGUCUCUCUGUCAGGUCCGAUGUCGACGAUUCUCCAUUUCAUCGGCUGCCCCGAAGCCUGCAAGUUCUUCCUGGUCAACCGCAUCUGGUCACCCACACUCCUGCGCCGCGUCCUGGACUCCAGGAGGGCCACCGGCCGAGGCGCCCCCGCCCCCUCCCAUGGCCACCCCUUCUGCCGCCUCUACGAGCGGCUCCCCAGCCCCACGAUCACCUGCUUAGGCCACCGACACGACGCACUGCGCGCGAGGGACGACCUGGUGCCCACACAGGAGGAAGAGCAGCGGCUGUAUGACCGGCACAAGGCGGCCAUCCGGCGCCGCUAUGACCACAGCAGCUGGGGUGGCUGCUCGCCCUACCAGGGCCCCAGCUGCUGCCAGUGGGGGCCCUACCACCAUCUGGACCUGUGUGUGGUCAUGGCCGAGGAGCGUGCGACCCGCGAGGCGUUCAGGGAUGGGGUGAGGGAGGCGCAGGAGAAGCACGCCAUCUUCGAUGUGUGGCAGGACGACCUCCAGAGGUGCCUUCUCGAGGCGAGAGAGCGGUACCUGGCCGCCAAGCGAGGCGCCACACCGGAUGACGCCACCUACAUCGCUCUCGGCUGCCCGACGUGUCCCAGCUGGACAAACGCCCUGCAGACCAGCACGAGAAGAGUCGACAGUGCGGAUGUGCGGGCGAUUGUCAACGGCGAGGCGGCGGAGGGCCGCACGGUGGAGAGCGAGGGGCUGGAUGCGAGCAAUGAGCGGCUGAGGCUAACGGCCUUCUGGCCGCCAUCUGCUGCUGCUGCUGUGGAUACUGGCGAGGUGUGCGUGUGGUCGUAUACACAGGGCACGAAGGUGGCGUGCUGGCCAAACGGACGCACACACAUGGCCGAGUGACUGAGUGCGGGGUAGCCAUCCGUCCGUGAGACAGAGCCAAGCCAGUGCUGUCUACUUAGGUACACUGCUGCUGCUUAGCUGCUCUGGAUGGACGGACGAUGGAUGGAGCCUUCCCGGUGUGUGUUGUGUUAUCUAUAUUUGUCAGUGCAUCUGUGUGCCAAGGACGGACCCGAAAUGAUUGAUGUCAUCCAUUCAACUUGUCAUUGCUGG